AUGUCACAGCAAAACCUACUUGACUAUUCUGCCACUAUAAAACUACACUCAGUUCCUAGAUUUGAUCAUGAGAAAAGAGUCCCUAUCCAUCCUCACAAUGGACGUGAAGAAGAUCAAAAAGAUGCUCGCUCCUCACCAGUCCCUAUCCAUCCUCACAAUGGACGUGAAGAAGAUCAAAAAGAUGCUCGCUCCUCACCAGUCCCUAUCCAUCCUCACAAUGGACGUGAAGAAGAUCAAAAAGAUGCUCGCUCCUCACCAGUCCCUAUCCAUCCUCACAAUGGACGUGAAGAAGAUCAAAAAGAUGCUCGCUCCUCACCAGUCCCUAUCCAUCCUCACAAUGGACGUGAAGAAGAUCAAAAAGAUGCUCGCUCCUCACCAGUCCCUAUCCAUCCUCACAAUGGACGUGAAGAAGAUCAAAAAGAUGCUCGCUCCUCACCAGUCCCUAUCCAUCCUCACAAUGGACAUGAAGAAGAUCAAAAAGAUGCUCGCUCCUCACCAGUCCCUAUCCAUCCUCACAAUGGACGUGAAGAAGAUCAAAAAGAUGCUCGCUCCUCACCAGUCCCUAUCCAUCCUCACAAUGGACGUGAAGAAGAUCAAAAAGAUGCUCGCUCCUCACCAGUCCCUAUCCAUCCUCACAAUGGACGUGAAGAAGAUCAAAAAGAUGCUCGCUCCUCUCCAGUCCCUAUCCAUCCUCACAAUGGACGUGAAGAAGAUCAAAAAGAUGCUCGCUCCUCACCAGUCCCUAUCCAUCCUCACAAUGGACGUGAAGAAGAUCAAAAAGAUGCUCGCUCCUCACUAGUCCCUAUCCAUCCUCACAAUGGACGUGAAGAAGAUCAAAAAGAUGCUCGCUCCUCACUAGUCCCUAUCCAUCCUCACAAUGGAUGUGAAGAAGAUCAAAAAGAUGCUCGCUCCUCUCCAGUCCCUAUCCAUCCUCACAAUGGACGUGAAGAAGAUCAAAAAGAUGCUCGCUCCUCUCCAGUCCCUAUCCAUCCUCACAAUGGACGUGAAGAAGAUAAAAAAGAUGCUCGCUCCUCACCAGUCCCUAUCCAUCCUCACAAUGGACGUGAAGAAGAUCAAAAAGAUGCUCGCUCCUCACCAGUCCCUAUCCAUCCUCACAAUGGACGUGAAGAAGAUCAAAAAGAUGCUCGCUCCUCUCCAGUCCCUAUCCAUCCUCACAAUGGACGUGAAGAAGAUCAAAAAGAUGCUCGCUCCUCACCAGUCCCUAUCCAUCCUCACAAUGGACGUCUUCCCAUGGCUGCCUUGGAGGUUUAUUGUAGAAACGUCAGGAUUAAGGUUAAAGUGGAUAUUCCUUUUGGAGCUCACGAUCACCUAAAGGUAUUGACAUUAAAAACACAAUGA